CUGAGGAAAACGUGGUGGGGGGCAUGCGCGGUUGGGAAGACGGCGCUGCUGUCCGUAGCCGCCUGAGAAGCUCGCGCAAGUAGACGGGGCAUGGACGCCUGGAUCUGAGGGGGCGAGCGAGGGAAGAGGCGGCCGGGCGUGUGAUCUGGUCGUUGCGAACAACGCUACCCCGGGGAACGGGAGGAGGGUGGGAAAGGAGGCGAGCGUGGGGGAAGGGCAAGGUGGCACUCGGGCUGAUGCGUGGAGCAUUCUGGGAGACAGAGUCCGGCCGGGGAGGGGGAAGUCGGCGAGUGCGCAUGCUUGCGAGCGCGGAGCGGCCCGCUGAGCGUGGAGGUGAGGGCGGGGACCUCUCACCGAGGGAGGCUGGGGCGGGGACCCGGGCGGAGACCGCGGAUUCUCGGAUUCCGGCUGCCUGGCGGGACCCGGAGCGCGGAGCAGACGUCUAGGCGCUCCUCCUCCGGCAAGCCGGGCGCUGUCGCGCGAUGCUCUUCAAUCGCAGUGCCCUGCCACGGCGACGAGAUCUCGGAGCCCCGCCCCCCCGGUUGCCAUGGUGGCACUAAACCAGCUGGGGGAAGGGGAGGCGGGGGGCUCUCUAAAGUGGAGGUUGCCCUCCAGGAUUUCUGGUAAAUGUAGUUCAGGAAGCUUCGCAGUGGCUGGCUGGCUUAAAAAUGGUCCAACUUUCUCCCAGGGUUGCAGGUUGGCCUGGAACCUUGAGGAUCGGAGUUUUGACCCACGGGAUCCGGCGGCCCUGGAAGUCGAAUCUACUCACUUAAUAAACUCAGAUUUCUUCACAAAGCCCGCACAUUACUCCCAGCUGCAAAGGAAGCAGCAAUGGCGAGGGAAGGGGGGACAGCCCCACUUACGGGGGACGGUAAAGAUGGGGAAACUGAGGUUCACAGAAACUAGCCAAGGUUAUGUAGCAAAUAGGCAAGAUCAGAAUCUUGCUUGCAGGUAUCUGGUCCAGUUAUCUUGGGGCCUUUGUGGGCCCCUUGUUAAGAUCCCAUCACCUCCUAACCCUGCCUAAAUCAGGGAGCUGAAGUGAUGGUGGAGCAUUACAUGGUGUGAUAACUUGGGCCGGUUCAGAAGAUGGGACCGAAUGGAGGGAGAGGGGGAUGCUGCCUGGAAGUGUGGCCACAGAGCUGACCUUGCCCAUGUGUGGGAGUGAGAAAGGCUGCCCUGUGGAACCAAGCUGAGAAAAGAAUGGUCAGAGAGACUAGAUGGGAGAGUGGGUGGUGCAAUGAUGGGGUGGUGUUCUGGGUGGUGUAAGGGGAGGGGGGCUGGAGUGUUUCUUAUGGCCAUGUGGGAAAGACAUUAUCCUCGGAGCCCCAGCCCAGUCUUUCCAAUGAGGCCCACAGCACUAGGCUCCCCAGGUCACACAGCCCUGGAAGAUGCGGGGCCUGUCAUGGUGAAGCUGGAGGACUCUGAGGAGGAGGGUGAGGCUGCCCAAUGGGAUCCCGGCCCCUCAGAGGCUGCACGCCAGCGUUUUCGACACUUCCACUAUGAGGAGGCACUGGGUCCCCAAGAGGCCCUGGCCCAACUCCGGGAGCUGUGCCGCCAGUGGCUGCAGCCCGAGGUGCACUCCAAGGAGCAGAUGCUGGAGCUGCUGGUGCUGGAGCAGUUCCUGUGCGCACUGCCCCCCGAGAUCCAGGCCCGUGUGGAGGGACAGCGGCCAGGCAGCCCUGAGGAGGCAGCUGCCCUAGUCGAGGGGCUACGCCAGGAGCCAGGAGGCCCCCGGAGAUGGGUCACAGUCCAAGUGCAGGGUCAGGAGGUGCUAUCAGAGAAGAUGGAGCCCUCCAACUUCCAGCCCCUCCUUCAAACCAAGCCUCAGACUCCAGAACAUGGGCCUAGGACACCAUCUGAAGCUACGCAGGAGUUACCAUUGGGCCUUCGGGUGAAAGAGGAGCCCACGGUUACAGAUGACCCAGAGCUUCUGGAUUCUGGGCCUCUAGCCAAUCCCCAGGAGGCCACCUCCACUCUCCUGCCUGAAGAGACCCAGGGCUGUGAAAUAGUGCUGGGCCAGGCCUCUCCUCACGGCGAAACUGGACUUGAGGGGCCUUCAUGGAGGGAGCAUCCUGGGGUCCUGUGGCAGGAGGAAGCUGGAGGCAUUUUCCCUCCAGGGUUUGCCCUCCACAUGGACAGUGUCUCUGCUGGCCUAGGCACUGUGAGCCCCCACCUCCACAUCCCGUGGGACCUCGGCAUAGCCAGCCUCACAGACCAACUCCGGUCGCCCUCCCAUGAAAGUGGCUUCUCACGUGCACUUGGGCCCCCCAGUGGCCCUGGAGGUGAGCAGAACCCCACGAACGAGGGUCCUCACCAGCUCCUGGGCCCCAUACUGGCCACUGGCCGCUGGCCUACACCCAGGACCGAAGGCCAGGGACGGGGUCGCCCCAGCACAGGCCCCAGGGUGGGGCGGGGUGGCCGCUGCGACGUGUGUGGGAAGGUAUUCAGCCAGCGCAGCAACCUACUGAGGCACCAGAAGAUACACACAGGAGAGCGGCCAUUCAUGUGCAGCGAGUGUGGCCGAAGCUUCAGCAGAAGCUCGCACCUUCUGCGUCAUCAACUCACGCACACUGAGGAGUGGCCAUUUGUGUGCGGCGACUGUGGUCAGGGCUUCGUGCGCAGCGCGCGCCUGGAGGAGCACCGGCGAGUGCACACGGGAGAGCAGCCCUUCCACUGCGCAGAGUGCGGCCAGAGCUUCCGGCAGCGCUCCAACCUGCUGCAGCACCAGCGCAUCCAUGGCGACCCCCCUGGCCCGGGCGCCGCGCCCCCCACGCCUCCCGGUGCCCCGGAGCCCCCAGGCCCCUUCCCCUGCAGCGAGUGCCGUGAGAGCUUCGCGCGGCGAGCCAUGCUCCUGGAACACCAGGCGGUGCACACCAGCGACAAAUCCUUUGGCUGCGUGGAGUGUGGGGAGCGUUUCGGCCGCCGCUCCGUGUUGCUGCAGCACCGGCGAGUCCACAGUGGAGAGCGGCCCUUUGCCUGUGCCGAGUGCGGCCAGAGCUUCCGCCAGCGCUCCAACCUCACUCAGCACCGGCGCAUCCACACGGGGGAGCGUCCCUUCGCCUGCGCUGAGUGCGGCAAGGCCUUCCGCCAGCGGCCCACGCUCACGCAACACCUGCGCGUGCACACGGGCGAGAAGCCCUUCGCCUGCCCAGAGUGUGGCCAGCGCUUCAGCCAGCGUCUGAAGCUCACGCGCCACCAGCGGACGCACACCGGGGAGAAACCCUACCACUGCAGUGAGUGUGGCCUGGGCUUCACGCAGGUGUCUCGGCUCACCGAGCACCAGCGGAUCCAUACCGGGGAGCGGCCCUUCACUUGCCCUGACUGCGGCCAGAGCUUCCGGCAGCACGCCAACCUCACGCAGCACCGGCGCAUCCACACGGGCGAGCGGCCCUACUCGUGCCCGGAGUGCGGCAAGGCCUUCCGCCAGCGUCCCACGCUCACGCAGCACCUGCGCACCCACCGGCGGGAGAAGCCCUUUGCCUGCCAGGAUUGCGGCCGCCGCUUCCACCAGAGCACUAAGCUCAUCCAGCACCAGCGCAUCCACAGUGCGGAGUAACGGCACUCACUGUACCCCUUCUUCUCUGCGUCUCCGCUUCUGGCCUUUGGUUACAGAGGAGGGUCUUCACUCCGAACACUAACCUCACAGGGUUGCUGUGAGGCCUCUGAUCAAGUCUGGGUACAGACGGGCCCACUCAGGACCUGGCGCCCAGUAGGAGCUCAAUAAACAGUAGAUGGACCGUGGGUCUGGAAAUCUACACACUCAGUGCCUCCCGACCUGCACAGGUCCCUCUUCCCCCCCACCAUCUACCACUUCGGCAACCAUGCAGUCUCUGAGAGCCAUAGACUCCUAGCAGCCCCUCCCAAGGGCUAUGGAUGCCACCUUGUACUGUGGCUCCUGUACUGUUUGCCUGACAGCUUCAACCAGCACAACCAUGGGCCAAGCCAACUGACAGGUGAGAACUGGCCCAGUUUUCCCCUACCAGCCAAGAUCAUCAAGGGCAGUACAAGUAGCAAACUGGUGCCCAGAAGGCCAGAGCUAGGGAUGUGUCUAUAAAACUUUAACCUUAGGAAGCUAUUUCUUAGGCAUAAAAGCUAGAAGGUUUUAUCUGGAAAUCUAGAUUCUCUCAUGCAUGUUAACUACCAGCAGAUGCUGAGGUUAGGUUCCCCUUAGGAUACCCCAGCCUGUCCAGAAAUCAAAGUCCACUGGAGGCCCCAGGCCAGUUCUCUAUCCCCCUAGUGAUCAUUCACAUUCUGUGGGCCACAGCUGCCGCCAACCCUGGCCAGGUGUGCAACCCCCAAGGGCUCCCCAACACUGGGUGGUGGUCCCUAUGAAGAAUGUGUUCAGCAGCAAGUCACAGGAAGCACAGCUGUCAGCAGCUUACAUAAAAGUGCGGAUGCUGCCAGUGCAGGUUUGGUGGCUUGCACACUGGGCUGGCAUCUCUGGACCCCUCUGGACUUUUCACAUGCCAUUGCUUCUUGCCCUAAUUAUCUUUCCCUUCCAUCCAAAUUGUGCAGACUCUUGACCUAGUGCGCCCCCCAACCCCAACCAGUGGGUACCCUGGGGGCCAAAAGCAGGAUGAGAAGCAGUGCCAAAGGAAAGAUCUUCAUGCAUCGGGAUCUGGCUUGGGACAUAAACCCCACUCUGGCCAGGUGUCAGCCUGCCCUUGGCCUGAGGGGUUCUAAGAACAACCUUUUGAGGCUCACGUGUCUAAGCUUCUUCCAGGGAUACAGCUGGACUUUGCUACAAGACUGGGGUCCUGAAAUCAGGGAAAGAAGCCAGCCUCAGCCAGAAGCUUCUAGUAGUCAUCCCAAAGAAGGUGUGUUCCCUACCUCUUUCCCUCCCCCACUCCACCCCUCUCCACCGCCCCCCUGACCUACCCCCAGCCAGGACCAGGGCCACUCUGGCAUCUACAUCUGGCAAAGUCAACAACUCCCCAUGGAGGGGUACUUCCAUGUGGCACCGUUGGGAGGUGGGGGGAGGCCACCUGGGCCCUAGGCCAAUACUUCUAUCCUCUUAACCACAAACAGAACUCUUAAGGACCAUGACCUGGGAUAUACUAAUCAGAGGGGUAGAAAGCAGUCACUGGGUCCCUAGGUGGAGGCUAGGAGUCAGAUUAAGGAAGGCGCACAAAUACUGAGGUAGCUAGUGUUGUGAGGUUGAGUAUUGCUGAACUUUAUAAAUCCUGUAACAUGGAUUUUUUUUUUCAAGUCCUGUGUGAAUUUUAUAAUCAGAAAAAAAGAGGACAAGAAAGCUCA